AUGCAGGAUUUCGUUUUCUUCCCGGUGAAACCUGUGAAGGUUUCAGUUCCUUCCGCCCAACGCGGAGAACUCCCAGUUCUCCUCCCCGUGAUCAUCUGUUUGCUUUUCAUGGUAUUCCUGAGGACGUGCCGCCGACGCAGGGCUGCUCAGGGGAAUGGAAGAGCGCGGGGCACGCUGCUGACGUCGUUGCGUGUUUCGAGGCGUGAAGCGCAAGAUGGACAGAAGGUCGCCACAGCCGUGUUGAAGCCCAUCGAGCGGGCCAUGCAGCCCUGGAUCGAUGGCCCAAGGAGCGUGGAGUACGAUCUCAACAUAUUCACGGUGGGUGGCAGAGUGACCGAUGUUUGCGGAACGAAAGCGACGAUCGUCGGCGUGGACGAAGACGGAGAGAAGAAGUGGCCGAAGUCAUUGGCUUCGACCACAUGGGUGCGCAUCCGUUUGUUGGAACGUGGGGGCCAGGAGAACGUGCAGGAAGCGAAGGUGGAGCUGGACAGGCGGCCUUGGCCUCCUGCUGAUCACCCUGCUCUACUACACGAGGGCUUACGGUCCUUCCUGUGCACGGGCAGCACAGAUCCAUCCGAAGGGGCAGAGGGGUUGCUCAAGUUCCUCAAGACCCCUUCCAUUCGCGCGGUUCCCCACAGAGGAGACAGACUUGGCGACGUUUGUGACAAGAAGGACAUCAACAUGGAGAAGGCAGCAAUUGGCGGGGAGCGACGUUUUCCUCUUGUUGGACUGAGGGCAGACACCUCAUCAGAACAGGCCCAACCCAUUUUGUCACAGGGACCAGCCCCGCUGGAGGUAUCAGACACAGAGGAUGAUCUAACUUUUGGCCCACAUCCUGUCGCCUAUCAAAGGUACGAAGGUUUCGCCACAGGGGCAUUCCCAGGAUUCCCACCUUCUCCACCAAGGCAAGAGGCAUCAGAAAAGGAACCCAAAGGCCCGUGGUGGAGGGAAAUGCUAGCCUCACCCGUCAAGCGGCUCAAGUUGACAGGCUGGGCAUCACCGUGGAAGGAAAAUCCACCGAGACUUGACCUCCCUCCGGCGGAACCUGAGAUCACCCACGUAGAGGGCACGAAGGCGACAACAGCGCAGAAGCCUACAACUGCCAAAGCCAAUGACAGGUCCAGACCAAAGCCGCAUCGGCUGGAUUUAGCGCCGAGGAAAACAGGGCUCAUGCAAAGAAAAUGCAGCAGGAGCCAUGCUGUGGGGCUUGCCAAGAAUAAGACCCUACGAAACCGGGCGGUGGCAAACAUCGUGGCAUCCUACUACUCCAAUUCCUCCAUUGCCGCAAAGAACUCGAAGCGCAGAAUGGUGGACAAAUUGCUCAAAGCGGCAAACCUCGACUUUCCUUUGACACCUUUGCACAUCAAGACAGUCGCAGGGGCCCUCAAGGACGCGGGGUACAAAUCCACCUUCUCCUAUUUGAUCGAGAUGAAAACCAUGCACAUCGAAUUGGAUCACACGUGGUCAUCUUUGUUGGAUCGCCACUUCAAACUGUGCAUGGCCGCGGCGAAGAGGAACGUGGGCCCAAGGAAGAAAGCUCCUGAGGUACCCGAAGACAUCUGGGUGAACCACCCACUUCUCGAGGACCCCUCCAACCAGGGCACGAAGGUGGGAUUAGCAGCACACUUGUUUGCCUGCGGAGUCCACUGGAUGAUGCGGGAAAUUGAAAUUGCGAACUUGUCCGCAAAGGACAUCAAAUUCGACUCGAACAACAGGUUGGUCACUGUCCUCUUCAUCAACUCGAAGGGAGAUCAAGAAGCCAGGGGCGUAUCUAGGACCUUGCAAUGCAUCUGCAAGGAAGGGUGCACACUCAAGUGCCCUUAUGCAGUGCUGGAAGUGCUGGUCAAUUACGCCGGCCUCAAGGGCUCCCCGAACGCCAUGAUCUCAACGACGGCAAAUGGCAAACAGAGGGCCACGAAGAAGGAUCUGGUAGACGCCUGGCGCUCUUUGUAUGGCACUCAGAUCACAGGGCACUCUGCCAGGCGCUCCGGGGCGUUGCAGUACAUCAGAAAAGGCUGGGCAGUUAGCCAAGUGGGCUACCUCGGGCGGUGGAAGAGUAACAUCAUACUCGAGUAUGCCCAAGAAGCCUUAGAGUCGAUGGCGGUGAACGUGGGAGUCGCCUUCGGACACUCGGACUACCUGAAGGAUCCUUCGACGGUGGAAAAGGAAAUCACCUCCCUCAGCAGCCGGCAGACAACACCCACUGGCGAUCGCAACGACGAGGGCCACGAAGACAAGCGUGUCGUUGUCUCAAGACUGGCAGCAGAGCUACGCCUGUUCAAAUCGGAAUCCAAGGACGCCGUCAAAGGCCUUGGAGAAGCAAUCAAAGAAUUGGAGGCAAAGUUGGGCAACAACACGAAGUACCUGCCGCCACUUGUCAGGACGAUAUGCGGCUGGAACUACUACGGAUCCACCUACGAGUUUGUCGAGGGUGUGAUCGAACGUCUCACAUCCAUUGGUGACCGAGUGCACUUAUGCGAGACCAUGGGAACUGUGGAGGGCUUUGAUGAAGAUGGCAAGCAAGGCAUCGGUUGUUUGCCGAAGAAAAGUUUGGCAGAUGAGCUUCUAGAAGAGCUUGGCAUGAAGGAGCUGAA